AUGCUCUGCUUUAAACGCGACUCGGAAGCCAAGCGCUUGCAGCGCCAACGCAGCAACACGAUGCAUUCCCGCUAUGUCCAAAUGCUCCUGGGAAUGGACGACAUACCCUUCUUGCACAACGCCCUCGCCGCCUUGUUCGUCUGGCUCCUCCUCGGCGGCUUCUUGUUCUUCCCGGGAACCUUUACCUCGAUCCGAAAAUCCGUCGAGAACAACCACUCCAACAGCUUAGAGAACCAAGCCGCCGGCAUGAUUGUCAAGUCCGUCAAGAACAUCCCAUUGUUGGUCAUCGGUGCCAUUGCGUGCGCAACAUCCGUCGCCGGCAUGGCCUUCCUCGCUUCCAAGCAUUUGGAUAACUAUGUCUGGCUGCAGACCAAAUUGCUCAUUCCCGGCACUGCCAACUGUUUUGCCGGUCUUGUAUCGACCAUGGUGGGGGUCUAUUCGCAGCAGAACGGGGUUUGGAGUCCGACGGCAAAGAUUACCGCCAUUGUGGAGGGUUCUUGUCUAGGCGUGGCCAUUGGACUUUUUGUGCUUAUUGAGAGGUUUUUGAGGAGGGUCAGAGAGGAACAUUGGUCGCAUUACGACUCUCCAAAGGCUUGA